UUCUCUAUCUCUCUGUAUGUGACAAUAUUUGUACCCCAUCAAGAAAGACUCACGUCGCCACCUGCUCUGUCUAUUUACUCUUUGUUUCAACGAUUCCUUUGUGAGAAGAAAUGUUAGGCAACUGUGAGAAGAUGGUUGUCAUCUCUUCAACUGCUAACGAAUGGCCACAGAAUCAGAUAGAUGAGAAAAGCCUGAUGGAAUCAACAGGUAAACUAAUGGAGAGACCAAGUGAAGAAGUACUUUCACAACCACAGCAGCAGCAGCAGCAGCAACAAGCUCUCAAGUGUCCUCGCUGUGACUCCUCAAACACCAAGUUCUGUUACUAUAACAACUACAGCUUAUCUCAGCCAAGACACUUUUGCAAGGCUUGCAAGAGAUACUGGACGAGAGGUGGAACUUUAAGGAAUGUUCCUGUUGGUGGUGGAUGUAGAAAGAACAAGCGUGUCAGGAGACCAGCCUCAGCCGUUGAAGGAGCUAAUAAUUCAGUUUCUAGUGCAAAUCCUAAUCCUCAAACCCCAAUUGACCAUAUUUCUCCAACUUCAAAUCAUAUUAAUCCUUUGUUUUACGGGUUAACUAGCAGUAACCCAUCAGAGAUGGACCUUCCAUUUCCUGGUAGGUUCAAUUCAAGAGUGUAUUCAGCUGUUUCUGGGUAUCAUGAUCUCCAGCCUCAGUUAAAUGCUCUUGCAUUAGGGUUUUCAUCAGGAAUCAUGAGUACUAAUGAUGCUAACGGUUUUAACCCUACUAAGCAAAUACAAGAUGUGGUCACUUCCAAUUCUCUUCUUUCAAGUUAUUCCAAUCUCUUUGGCUCCUCCACAACUUCCACCAACACAACCUCUCCAACUAUGGCUUCUUUGCUUGCCUCUAGCUUCAACCAACAAAAGAGUACCAGAGCUCCUAACCUGUACCAAAACUUGACAGUCCCCUUUGAGGACUUGCAAAUGAGUGGCAAUAGUGAAUCUGGGGUUGGUAUGAAAGGGGUGAAAAUUGAGCAUGAUCAAAAUAGGUCGAACUGGAAUGUGCCAUGCCAGAAUCAGAUAGAACAAGUUGGCUUCUCAGAUCCUUCAAUGUAUUGGAACACUACCAAUAGUGUGGGUUCAUGGCAUGAUCCAGCUAAUAUGGGGUCCUCAGUACUUCUUUGAUCUAGCUCUACCUAAAAAACCAUUUCUUUCAUCUCAGUUAUCUCCCUCUUUGUUAGUGACCUUGGAUGUCUUCUUCUAGCUUAGUUUUUUUUCUCUUUUCUUAUUACUUCUGUUUGUAGUGGAGUUUAUGGUACUCAAAUCGGGGAUGGAUUAAGACUUUCUCUUAACAAGGGUAUAAGAUUGGUGUGGUUGGAACCUAAAGAUGAGAGGAGCUUGGAUCAGAGAGAUCAUGUCAGCAGCAAGAUCAGCCUAUUGGUUUUAUUUUCAAGGUUGAGAAAUCCUAUUUGCACUGAGAGGAACCUCGGAUCCUCUUCCCUCUCAUCAACUCAGCUAUCAUAAUCAUAUCAUCAUCACCAUCAUUAUCAUCUACACCACACAGUGUUGAAGAAAGGAUCAACUACUAUUUGGUGCAACUUUCUAGCUAGUGCCAGUAAGUUGGUCAUACCUUAAUUUGUAUGUAUAUAUGCAUGACAAGUCCCUUUUUCUUUUUUUGUUAAUGUAUUCGUACUUGUUAUUAGGUUGGGGUUAGGAGGGUAUAUGUCUCAGUCCUCUAUCAAUAUCAGUUGAGGCACUGAAGAUCAUUUCUUUCUUCUUCCUUUUUUAAUUUUUGUCUUUUAUACUUUCUUUUUAGGAAAAAAAAAGGGGAUGGGUAUAAUUAAUGGUAUAGGAAAAGGGGGAGAUUUUGCUAUUGUAAUGUUGGGAUUUUCUUUAUGUGAUUGGUCUUUCGGGUUA